AUGGGCGCUUCAAGCAGGGCGCUGUCCAUGGUGCCUACCGUCCUGCUGGCUUUGGCUCUCCCUGCUUUCCCCGUCUGGGCGCAGAACGACACGGAGCCCAUCGUCCUGGAAGGGAAAUGCUUGGUGGUUUGCGAUUCCAACCCCGCUACUGAUUCAAAGGGAUCCUCUUCUUCUCCUUUGGGGAUCUCCGUACGGGCUGCUAAUUCCAAGGUUGCUUUCUCGGCAGUCAGGAGUACCAACCAUGAACCUUCCGAGAUGAGCAACAAAACCAGGAUAAUCUACUUUGAUCAGAUCCUAGUAAAUGUGGGCAAUUUCUUUACAUUGGAGUCUGUCUUUGUAGCACCAAGAAAAGGAAUUUACAGUUUUAAUUUUCAUGUAAUUAAAGUCUACCAGAGCCAAACAAUCCAGGUUAAUUUGAUGCUCAAUGGAAAACCAGUCAUUUCUGCUUUUGCUGGAGACAAGGAUGUCACUCGUGAAGCUGCCACAAAUGGAGUCCUACUCUAUCUAGACAAGGAAGACAAGGUUUACUUGAAACUGGAGAAAGGUAAUCUGGUUGGAGGAUGGCAGUAUUCUACAUUUUCUGGCUUCCUGGUCUUCCCCCUGUAAGGUCAAUUUCCCACUGCCAUUCACCCAGGUGGGGACCAGUCAUUGCUUCUGUUCUUCGAAGAUCAUCUUCUCAUCCUUUGGAUUGAUGUUUUCUUUCUUGGUUUCUCAUGGGUGAAUUUGGAUUCUAUUUUAUGGCAUUUGACCCGUUCUGAACUCCGUUGAGAUUUCAUCGAAUUUUGUGUGUUUA